AUUUGCAACUUCAAAAUGAGUCGGUCAAACAUUGAGAUGGUCAAAUUAAGUGCUAAUUUGGUGUCAAACAAGACAACACUGAAAUUUGAUUUGGAUAACAACGACCCACUGAAAGUCGACAUUGAAACACGAGAUUUGAUAUGUAUUGGAAAUGUGACUAAAAGCAAUUUAAAAGUUCAAUUCAGUGUGUUGGAAGGGUGUGACUAUUACGAAAUACGAAGUGUGCCACCACUUGUGACAUUGAAGCCUGGAUAUGCUUGUGAAUUUGAAAUAUCCAUCAAGCCGCUGUGCACCUGUGUCACCAAAGAACAUGUAGCAAUCACUUCAUUAAAUAUAGCAACCGGUGUCAUUGAAAAUGCAAAAGUUGAAAUGGAAAUUGAGACGGAACAAACAACUAAAUUGAAUUACAGAGAACUCAUAGAAAAUGAGAAGCUUGGUGAAGGAAGUUUCGGAAUAGUUUAUAAAGGGCAAUACAGAGGCGUCUGUGUUGCAGUCAAAAAGAUGAAACAACUUGAUAAUUAUGAAAGUGGACUUGAAGAAUUUGAAAAGGAAGUUGCCAUGUUAGACAAGUUUAGGUGUGAUUACAUCAUACACUUCUAUGGUGCUGUGUUUAUACCAAGUAAAGUGUGUAUGGUCACCGAAUUUGCAGCAUUUGGGUCACUCCAAGACUUGAUCAAACACAAGAAGAGUGAUGAAGUUGAUAUGAAGUUGCGAAUGAAAUUUUUGUUGGAUGCGGCAAAAGGCAUUCAAUAUUUACAUGAAAAUGGGAUUCUACACAGAGACAUCAAACCAGACAAUUUCCUGGUGUUGUCACUUGAUGUGAAUGAAAAUGUGAAUGCUAAAUUGACAGACUUUGGCUCAUCAAGAAAUGUCAAUAUGCUACAAACCAACAUGACAUUCACAAAAGGUGUUGGCACAUUAAUCUACAUGGAGCCAGAGAUUUUGAAACAAGAUAAGUACAAGAAGAGUGCAGAUAUUUAUUCAUUUGCAAUCACUAUGUUUGAGACUAUAUCUUGGCGAGAAGCGUACCCCAAAACCGAAUUUAAAUAUCCAUGGAAAAUAGCAGACUUUGUGAAUGGUGGAAAUCGUCUUCAAAAACUUGACUGUAUGAUUGAUGAACAGUAUGAACUGAUAUCUAACUGUUGGGCUCAUAACAAAGAAGAAAGAAUCACUAUUGAAGCUACAAAAGAAAAACUUGAAAAUUUGUUGAGGUGA